GCCAAGUAUAAGCUCGAUGCCGCUUCCUCGUUGAGAGAUAGCCUUGAACCCUACACGAUUGGGACGAACUAUGCUGUCUUCCUGAAGCGGCUGAUGCCCGUAUUCGUCGCCAUCCUCAGGGGGCCGUGUAUAUUCCAGAGCACAUCUCCUGAGCAGAAACUCCGGAAUUGCAUCCUCGAGAUUCUCUAUCGGCUCCCCACUCACCAGACCCAAACGUCCCCGGAGCCGUUUGAACCGUAUGCCGAAGAGAUAGUCGAUCUUUUGAUGAGUCUCGUUCGGAACGAUAACGAGGACAACGCUACGCUAUGCGUCAAGAUAAUUUCGGACGUCAUGCGGCACCAGCCCAAGGUGCUCCAUGGCAAGGUCCAGCCGUUCCUGGAUUUAAUCCAGGAGCUUUUCGAACAGAUGGAGAAGGUCGUGCGCGAGCAGCUCGAUAGUAUCGCUGUCCCGUUCAACGCGACCGGUCCACCGACCACACCUGGAAGCACCCAGACGAAUUUUCAGUCGCCGCGGCCCGGCUCGCCCGUGGCCUCCGUCACAGACCUAGGCCAAGAUCCCCAGCAACAGAGCCGGCCUUUACUAAAGGGGAUGCAAUCCUUCAAAGUUCUUUCCGAGUGUCCGAUCAUCGUGGUAUCCGUUUUCCAGACCUAUCGAAACAUUAUUCAGCAGAAUGUCAAGGCCUUUGUUCCUCUCAUCAAGUCUGUGCUGUGCCUGCAGGCCAAGGCUCAGGAACAGGCGCAUGUCGAGGCCAAGGCAAAGGGAGCUGUGUUUUCCGGCGUGAGCCAAAGUAUUAAGAACCGUGCGGCUUUUGGGGAAUUUAUUACCGCCCAGGUCAAGACGAUGAGCUUCCUGGCGUACUUGCUUCGGCAGUACUCUAGCCAGCUCGCCGACUUCUUGCCUACGCUACCAGACAUCGUCGUGCGGCUCCUUCGAGAUUGUCCUAGGGAGAAGUCUGCCGCCCGGAAGGAGUUGCUAGUUGCGAUCCGCCACAUCAUUAACUUCAACUUUCGCAAGAUCUUCCUCAGCAAGAUUGACGAGCUUCUCGAAGAGAAGACGCUCAUCGGCGAUGGGCUGACGGUCUACGACACUUUGCGACCGCUGGCCUAUAGUAUGCUAGCCGACCUGAUACACCACGUUCGCGACUCUCUAUCCCCGGAGCAGAUACGGAAGACGGUCGAGGUCUACACCAAGAAUUUGCAAGACAACUUUCCCGGCACGAGUUUCCAGACGAUGAGUGCGAAGCUGUUAUUGAACAUGGCCGAAUGUAUCGCGAAGAUGCCUAAUAAGGUCGAUGCCCGACAUUACCUGCUGAUGAUCCUCAAUGCCAUCGGCGAUAAAUUUGCGGCGAUGAAUCGACAAUACCCGAACGCCGUGAAGCUUUCGAAGCUCUAUGCGCUCCAGAGUGCAGAGCAGAUUCCCGAAACGUAUCUUGCGGACAAGGAGCAUCAUCCUCAGUGGGAUGAGACGGAUAUCUUCACGGCGAUGCCCAUCAAGACAUCGAACCCCCGUGACCGCGGCACCGAUCCCGUCGCGGAUAACAAGUUCCUGUUCAAGAAUCUCAUGAACGGCCUUAAAAACACCUUCUACCAGCUGAGAACUUGCAAUGCCGCGCUUCAGAUAGACCCUAAGAAUGCGCCACAGCAUUGGCAAGAGGUCUCGUACGGGUUUUCCGCCGAGGAGGUGAAGGUGAUUAUAAAGCUGUUCCGAGAAGGUGCUUACGUCUUUCGCUACUAUGAGAUCGAAAAACCUGCUGCCGAGUCUCAGUAUGCCUCGCCUGUGGAACACAUGGCGAAUUUCUACAUGGUGUCGAGUAGCAAGGAGGAAAAGGAUCUCCUCGAAACCUUCGCUACUGUCUUUCACUGCAUAGACCCGGCCACAUUCCAUGAAGUAUUUCAACAGGAGAUUCCUCGCCUCUACGAGAUGAUAUUCGAACACACGGCCCUCCUGCACAUCCCCCAAUUCUUCUUAGCGAGCGAGGCCACCUCCCCAAGCUUCUGCGGUAUGCUUCUGAAAUUUCUGAUGGAGCGAAUUGACGAUGUGGGCUCGGCCGACGUGAAACGGUCGUCGAUCCUGCUGCGGCUGUUCAAAUUGGCAUUCAUGGCGGUUACCUUAUUCGCGAAUCAAAACGAGCAAGUUUUGCUCCCGCACGUCGUAGACAUUGUCACCAAGUCGAUCGAUCUCUCCACCAAGGCCGAGGAGCCCAUGAACUACUUCCUCCUGCUGCGAUCGUUAUUCAGGAGCAUCGGCGGCGGGAAGUUCGAGCACCUAUACAAGCAGAUAUUACCUCUCUUAGAGAUGUUGCUCGACGUUCUAAACACCUUACUCAUGGCCGCACGCAAGCCGGCAGAGCGGGAUUUAUAUGUGGAACUGUGCCUCACGGUGCCGGCACGUCUAAGCAAUCUGCUACCCCAUUUGAGCUUCCUCAUGCGACCCCUGGUCGUGGCACUCAGAGCCGGUACCGAUCUUGUCGGACAAGGACUGAGGACGUUGGAACUGUGCGUGGAUAAUCUCACCGCCGACUACUUGGACCCUAUCAUGGCCCCAGUAAUAGAGGAUCUGAUGAACGCGCUGUUCGAGCACUUGAAACCGCAUCCCUACAGUCACUUCCACGCCCACACUACCAUGCGCAUAUUGGGGAAGCUGGGUGGCAGAAAUCGCAAGUCGAUGACAGAGCCUAUACCUGUAGACUACCAAAAAUAUGCCGAUGACCCUUCGAGCUUCGACCUACGCCUCAUAGGGUCCAAGAGGGACCGCGCAUUCCCGGCCGAACUUGGCAUCGACUUCGCCAUCCGGAAGUUGACCGAAGUUCCGAAGCCGUCAAAGGCGAAUACGGCGAGGCAAUUCGACGGCUAUUACAAGAAGCAAGCGCUACAGCUCAUCAAAUCUCAGCUGAAACUGCGGGUCGGCAUCGAUCAUUUACCGGAAGACCUCCCUCGACUGGUCCGCCUUCAAGCACAGGAUUUCCUUGCCCGAAAACCAGCGGCGGACUUUGCGAAUUUCUUCGUGUCGGACCGCGACCGGUCUGUUGCCAAGAAAAACGAGCAGGACGAUGUCAUGAAACGCCUCAUCAAAGCCGUCAUGUUCGCUGAGUCAAUCCCUGAAUUCCGAGAGGAAGUUGACGUGUUCCUUAUGAACCUGUGCCGACACUUCACGAUCAUCGAGGUUGGGCGUGGCCUGGUAGAUAUCAAGAAGGAAAGCAGCGCCUUCCAUGUGCAAUCGUGGGAGGGUCCCAUGUAUAUCGAUACCCGGGUUUUGGCAGAUGCUAUCGUUGAAUCACUCGCGUCCGAUCUACCCGACGUACGGGACGCCGCCUUUCGAGCAAUCCGAGCCGUCUAUGACUCCACGGCCACUAUAUUUGGAUCCGAAAGCUAUGUCGGCCGGUUAGGAUUCUUCAACCAUCUUAGCAAGACGUUCUGCCACGCUUGCCACGAAGAAGAAUGGUACACGAAAACUGGCGGCAGUCUCGGCAUCAGAUAUCUCCUUGUCGAGAUCGACCUCGGCGAUGUUUGGAUCGCAUCGAAACAAUUAGAUUUCAUGCGUUCCCUGAUGUACGUAAUUAAGGACAUGCCUCAGGACCUACCCGAGAAAACGAGAUGUUCGGCCCAGACCACGCUUGAGUCCCUCCUUAGACGGAUCACCGCCAAUGUGAGAAAGGAAGAUGUGUUGCCCACCCCCCCACAACCUGGCCAACUUCACGCCAAGCCCUCGCGCCUCGCGCAGAUCUUCGGCUUCUUCAAUGACGAGCUCUCUCACAUGAACAAACACGUUCGGGAGACAGCGAGGCGGUCGCUCGAAAUAAUCGCCACCGCAACCAAGACUGAGAUUGGGGAACUUCUCCAGCCGCACAAGGACCGCUUGCUGCAGACCAUCUAUGCCAAGCCCCUUCGAGCACUCCCCUUCUCGACACAGAUAGGCUACAUCGAUGCUAUCGGCUACUAUAUGAGCUUGAAGCCCGACUUUGUCACCUUUGACGAUAACCUGAAUCGGUUGCUGCUGGAGUCGCUAGCCUUGGCUGACGCGACGGACGAAUCGCUAGCCGGGAAACAUGCGGAAUUUCGAACGCACGAAUCUAUCGUCAACCUACGAGUUGCUUGCAUAAAGAUCUUGAGCAAGGCGAUGAGCUUCGAAGAUUUCCAGAAGGGCCAGAACAACCCAGCGCGGACAAGGAUUGUGUCUGUGUUUUUCAAGUGCCUAUACUCCGAAUCCAAGCCUACCAUCGAAGCGGCCAAUGAGUCUCUGAAGGCAGUUCUCUCCCAGACUAACAAGUUGCCCAAGGAUCUGCUGCAGCAAGGACUUAGGCCCGUCUUAGCUAACCUCCAAGACCCUAAACGCUUGAGCACGCAUGGACUAGAUAACCUGGCUCGUCUUCUACGGCUUCUCACCACCUAUUUCAAAGUAGAGAUUGGUGCAAGACUGUUAGAACACAUCAAGGUGCUUGCUGAUCCGACCUUCCUCCAGCAGGUGUCUUUCACCUUCUUCGAGCAGAACAAUCAAAUGAAGGUGAUUGCGUCGGUUCUUAACAUAUUUCAUUUGCUUCCUCCGCUCGCGGAGCAGUUCAAGGAGCGACUCAUCGAUAUCUGCUUGGAACUUGAGGAGAAGCUACGGCGCACUCAUCACAGUCCGUUCCGGGCACCCAUAUACAAAUACUUGAACAGAUACCCUACCGAGGUUUGGAACUUCUUGCUCGGCAAACUAGAAGACUUAAAAUACGGUCGGUUCUUAGCUCAAGUCCUCCUACAUCCGGACAACAAGCCCCUGAGAGAUCAUGCCGCCGCCAACGUCGAUGGGUUAAUCUCCUUGUGCACUCAAGUCGCCAGCGUCCCAAAGGAGACAAGGUUCGUGGCAGUUGUCAACACCAUCAAUGUCCUGGACUCCUUAAGCCAACAUGCCAGCACCCAAGGGUGGAUGGAACGCAAGGACACGAUCUCGUGGCUGCGACAAGUCGGGAGGGAGCUCGAGCGUAGCCUGCGGACCAACAGUCUGCCCGCUCAUCUUCGACUCCCCGCCGAUCAGGCGGCUGAGCAGCUAAUGGGCAUCUUCACUAAGGCGCUAUCCCUACAUCCCAGAGAAUUGGAUGGACUCUUCGGUCUCGUGGAUGCUGUUACCUCGGAAGAGUUGCGCCCCACACCGGCUCUGUUCAACUUCCUUUAUACCCACGUCAUCUGCAGCGACUCUAUUGACUACUGGAAGUCGAUCGUGCUCCGCUGCCUCAACAUAUACGCAGGGAAGAGUUCCAGCCAGAAGACCAAGUGCUUCCUGCUUCGAAACAUAGUUAACCCGAUUGUUGCCAUGGAUGUCAUGCGGCACUGGAAUCAACCGAGGGCCCAAAGACUGAUGGACCGAGCGGUCAUCGAGUCUAUCAACGUAAAGAUAUGGAAGGUCAACCUCGGAGACCCCCAAGAGGAUCUGGCACAGCCAGGCAUUGACCACACGAGGAUGGAGGUUCUCCAGCUCUCUGCAAUGCUGGUCAAGUAUCACCAUUCCAUACUGCAAGAUGCAAGGAAGGAUAUCAUCAAGUUCGGCUGGACCUACAUCCGACUAGACGAUGUGAUCAACAAACACGCCGCGUAUGUUGUGAUCGGCUAUUUUAUUGCGCACUAUGAAACUCCUCCCAAGAUAGUUACGCAGGUAUACUACUCGCUGCUACGGACGAACCAGAAUGAAGGGCGAGCUCUGGUCACGCAAGCCCUCGAACUGAUGGCCCCCGUUCUACCCAAGCGGUGCAACGCAGUACCUGGAGAUCGGAGCGCAGUCUGGGCCAUGGCCCCGCGCCGCAUCUUGGCCGAAGAGGGGCAGAACGUUCAGCAGAUGACGAGCAUCUUCCACUUCUUGGUCAGGCAUCCGGACUUAUUCUACGAAUCUAGGGACAAGUUCGCAUUGUUAAUCAUUACGUCGCUCCGAAAGGCGUCUCCUUUCGUGUCGUCCUCCACCGAAAGCAAGAGAUUGGCACUGAAUAUGAUGUGGCUAAUCUGGAGGUGGGAGGAGAGGAGAGUCGAUGGCAAGACGAGUGACUCCCGAAGAGCUAUGUCGGAAUCGCCAAAUUCUCGGAAGCGAAAGCUGGACAGUGACCCGCUUACCUCGUCGCCUCCGGCAACUCGACAAAUCGCCCAACUUGAUAGAGCGGAAUUCCAAAUCCCAGCCGUUUACCGGCACAAGAUGGUCAAGUAUUUAAUCGAGUUUAUCGCCCAGCUUAACGAGAGGUAUCCGCUACCUUCGGCCAAACCGAGAGAUGCCGCGUCGACGUCGGGGCCAGCUCUACCCUCGCAAUCCACCGAGUUAAUCAAGAAGGCCAUGUCACUACUUUACAACCUGCUACAGCCACGAUACUGGGGCGACCUCGACGUUGACCUGUUCCCAAGUAUCACCGAGGUUGUCUUGGCUAACGAGAAGACCACCAAAACCCUUGCUGCCGACCCAUCAGAUAAGGAAAACUAUGACGAGAAAUUCAUCACCAACAUAAUCAAUACCCUGCAGGUGGUGCGGAUCAUCCUAAAUUUCAAGCCCGACGAAUGGAUCUUGAAGAAUAUGGCCCCCAUCCAGAAAGUCAUCGAGAAAUGUCUCAAGUCCGAAAAUCCGGAACUGCAAGAUUGCCUCCAUCAAAUUGACAAGAAGUACGACGAUGGGCGCGACGUCAAGGCAAUAGUCCAACGGAUCCUUGCUGCCGUACCGGAAGAUGUGCCGAUGGAGGACGCGGACGCUGAGGGCGAGCCCGAGGCCCCUGUCUCCGAGAUCGUCACUUUCCUAUCCACCGUCGCGACGGAGGCCCUUGCAGCCUCGUAUCACGUAUCCGGGGUCAAUAUAUUUUGGUCCCUAGGCCAGCGGAAGCCCUCCGUUAUCGAUAAUCAUAUCCCGUCCUUGAUGAAGGCACUGCAGUCGAAAUUGGCCAAGGAGCAUGUCCAGCACUACACGAGCCUAGCCACACAUCAGCAGACGGGUGUCGGUGUGGCUCGACCUCAAGACCCGAACGCACAGAACGGGGAGAUGUCGCCGUAUGAUCUCAACAUUCAGACAGACUUGAUGAUCAAAGCCAUCGAGGUGACAGCAAUGCGCAUGGAAAACCUUGGCGACCAUCGUAGACCAUUCUUGAGCGUCUUGGCUACUCUAGUCGAGAAGUCACAACAUAUUCCCCUCUGCGAGAAAAUUCUGGAUAUGGUAGAAGGCUGGGUCUUUCGAUCUGAAGGGACAUGGCCGACGCUUAAGGAGAAAACAGCCGUGUUACAUAAAAUGCUUUCUUUCGAGCACCGGAAUGACCCGACAAUGCUAGGUAAAUUCCUCGAGCUGGUGAUCCGUAUCUACGAAGACCCGAAGAUCACUCGAACCGAGCUUACCGUCCGCAUGGAGCACGCCUUUCUGAUCGGGACCCGGGCACAGGAUGUCGAGAUGCGCAAUAGGUUCCUUGCUAUAUUCGACAAGAGCUUGUCGAAGACGGCCACGGCGCGCCUGUCGUAUGUUAUCUGUUCUCAGAACUGGGAUACUCUCGCCGAAUCCUUCUGGCUAGCUCAGGCGACUCAGCUCCUCCUCGGUGCUGUGGAGAUGAACACCAGCAUCCAGUUGCACCAGGACGACUUCCGGACACUUCCUGCAUCUACGGUUUUUGGCACAUACUCGAGGGAUACGAGAGAGCCUUCCACGAUGAUUGACGAUAAGUACGAGACGUUCAUGUCCAGCCACCGGCGUUUCGUUGCCGAAUUGGGAGACGUCAAGGUCCGAGAUGUCGUGGAGCCGCUCACCCAACUCCAGCAUGUUGACAGUAACCUUUCUCACAGCCUCUGGAUCGCUCUAUUCCCCAUGUUCUGGGCUGCUACUGCCAAGGAGGAAAAGAGUGACCUCGAAAAGGGCCUCGUCGUGCUCCUUUCUAAAGACUUUCACUCACGCCAGAUUGAUAAGCGGCCCAAUGUAGUGCAGACAUUAUUAGCAGGCGCCGCCAAGGCGUGGCCCGAGUGCAAGAUCCCUCCACACAUUCUCAAGUUCGGGGCCAGGACUUAUGACGCCUGGUAUACUGCUUUGGUCCAGCUCGAGAAUGCCGCCAUCAAGCCCGAUAUCGACUCGGCCAAUGUCCGCGAGAGCAACCUGGAUGCGCUGGUUGAGCUAUAUGCGAGCCUGAAGGAAGACGAUCUCUUCUAUGGAACGUGGCGCCGGCGGUGUCAGUUCGUGGAAACAAAUGCGGCUCUGUCGUACGAACAGAAUGGCAUGUGGGACAAGGCGCAGAAGAUGUAUGAGGCUGCCCAAAUCAAGGCUCGAACCGGCGUCAUCCCGUUUUCCCAGGGCGAGUACAUGCUUUGGGAAGAUCACUGGGUUCUUUGCGGACAGAAACUACAGCAAUGGGAGAUUUUGCAAGAUUUUGCAAAGCACGAAAACCUACAGGAUCUUCUACUCGAAUGCGCAUGGCGAAGUAUCGAGAUGUGGCAAACGGAAGAACAGCGAGACGGCCUAGACAUGCUUAUCAAGGGUGUUAUGGACGCCCCGACAGCUCGUCGGGCAUUCUUCCAGAGCUUCAUGUCCCUCUUGAAAUUCCACAGCAAACAAGAGACCGUCCAGGACUUCUCUCGCGUCUGCGACGAAGCCAUACAGCUAUCCAUCAGGAAGUGGCACCAGUUACCACAACGCCUAACCGCUGCCCACGUCCCCCUCCUCCACAACUUCCAACAACUCGUCGAACUCCACGAUGCUAGCGUCAUCUGCCAAAGUCUGGCCAAUACCAAUUCGGGAAAUCUGGACGCGAAAUCUGGAGAGCUCAAGCUGCUUCUCGCAUCAUGGCGGGACCGUCUGCCGAACAUAUGGGACGAUAUUACUGACUGGCAGGAUCUAGUCACCUGGAGGCAGCACAUAUUCGGCCUGAUCAACAAUACCUACCUCCAGCUCCUGCCGCAGCAGGGACAGGGCGCCAACGGUGCUUCGUUUGCCUAUCGAGGGUAUCACGAGACGGCAUGGAUAAUUAACCGCUUCGCCCACGUUGCUCGGAAGCAUAACUUACCCGACGUGUGCAUCAAUCAGCUGAGCCGCAUCUACACCCUCCCCAAUAUCGAGAUACAGGAGGCGUUUUUGAAGCUGAGGGAGCAAGCCCGGUCUCACUAUGAGAACCCCGACGAGCUCACAAGCGGGCUGGAUGUCAUCAACAACACUAACCUCAAUUACUUUAACAACCAGCAGAAGGCAGAGUUCUUUACUCUCAAGGGCAUGUUCUUGGAGAGACUCAAGCAGAAGGAGGAUGCGGACGCCGCUUACGGUACCGCCCUCUACUAUGACAUCGGGAAGGCCAAGGCAUGGGCCGAAUGGGGGUACUUCAACGACCGCAAAUUUAAAGAGGACCCUUCGGAUCUGAACUCUGCCAGACAAGCGUUAACUUCGUAUCUGCAAGCCAUCGGCAGUUACAAGAGUGGGAAGGCUCGGAAGCUCAUCGCACGUAUCCUCUGGCUCCUUAGUUUGGAUGACACGAAUGGAACGAUCGCAGCUGGUUUCGACGAUUACAAAGGAGAAACUCCCGUCUGGUACUGGAUCACCUUCAUACCGCAGCUAUUGACCGGCAUGGCUCAUAAAGAGGCCCCGAAGGUUCACGCGAUCCUCCUCAAGAUAGCAAAGGCACAUCCUCAAUCUUUGUAUUUCCAACUGAGGACAAACCGCGAAGAUAUGCUUGCGAUCAAGAAGAACCAGGAAGCCAAGGAGAAGGCGCGACAACGAGCACAAUCGGCAGCCUCAAACAACAAGCCGAACAGCUCGCCGUCGCAAAACAAGCAAGAAGGUGCACAGGCAAAGCCGGAACUAUCUUCGAGGCCGCAGACCUCGAACGGAGAGAGCAGUAGUCAGGCCAAGGCAGAAUCCUCAGAGACGAACGGGGUCCCUAGCGUCCCACAGGCCGGCAGCGGCGCCGCAGCGGCGCCUAGCGGAGAACAAGCAGUCGGCAAAGAAGCUAGCUCAUCGGCUGCCGGACAGAAGCGACCGCCCUGGGAGCUCACCGAAGAGAUCAUGUCUGUUCUCAAGACAGCCUUCCCCCUCCUCGCGUUCUCCAUGGAGACGAUGGUGGACCAGAUCCAAAAGUCGUUCAAAUGCCCACCGGACGAGGAUGCAUAUCGGUUGAUUGUCGCGCUGCUCAACGACGGUCUAGCCUACGUGAGUCGAAUGCCAGCCUCGUAUGCCAAGGACGUAAAGCUGCCCUCGGCGACGGAGACCAAUAUCACUCGGUUCGCCGAGACUAUCCUCCCAGCCCACAUCAAAAAAGCGUUCGAGGCAGAUUUCGUGCAGGUGAAGCCGACAAUGUACGAAUAUAUCCACAAACUACGGAAGUGGCGCGACAAGUUUGAGGAAAAGCUUGACCGCAGAUGCCCGCGGGCUAAUCUGGAGUCGUAUUCGCGUCACUUGAGCGAGUUCCGGUACAUGAAGUUUGACGAUGUUGAGGUGCCCGGUCAGUACCUGCAGCACAAGGAUAAGAACCAGGACUUCAUCCGGAUAGAUCGUUUCCUCCCCAACGUAGACCUCAUCAGGGGUAUCGGUGCUUCCCACCGGCGCCUCAAAAUCCGGGGCCACGACGGCAGCGUCCACUCCUUCGCCAUCCAGCAUCCCGCGGCGCGCCAUUGCCGACGAGAAGAAAGAAUCCUGCAGCUCUUCCGACACCUGAACCAGACCCUGGCUAAGAAAAAGGAGAGUCGACGUCGCGACCUGCAGUUCACCGUGCCUCUGAUCGUGCCCCUUGCGCCGCACAUAAGAAUCGUCCAAGAAGAUACGUCAUACAUCACGCUGCAGGGCAUAUACGAGGAUCACUGUCGACGGAACGGAAUGGCCAAGGACGAACCCGUCAUACUUACGAUGGAAAAGCUGAGAGGGCUCGUUGAGCCGAAAGGAACUAAGCAACCCGAACAGGCGGCCGCAGCUCGUCUCGAAGUGUUCGCAGCCAUCCAGGAGAAAUGGGUGCCUCAUACUGUGGUGUUGCAAUACUUCCAGAACAUCUUCCCCGAAUACUCGGAGUUCUGGUUAUUCCGAC